GCGAUGAAAAGAUGGCGCACGUGUGGGUGAAUAAUUCCGUUGUCAGAUAACUGUCAAAAAAAGAUAGCCCGAACAAGGACUCUUCGUUCACUGUGUCUACUGUGUGUAUUGACUGAUUGCACUACAUUAUGGCAUUUCUCGAGUGGAGACGCAUCAAUUUCUUCGACCUCAAAAAGGAGGUCGACGGUGGAAAGAUAGCUGAAGCACUCGGAGAGGCUCAAGUCACCGUAGCUACGAGUGGUAACGGCAACUUGGUCUUCGGAGAUAACACUGGUGUCGUGCAUAUAGUAAAUAGGACUUACGACAUCACCACUUUUCGUGCAUAUGAAAUCACGUUAACGUUAGCUCAGCAAGUUCAACAUUCCACUCUCUUAUUUACCAUUGGUGAAGACGAACCAGGUUGUAAUCCUACGAUGAAAGUUUGGAAUUUAGGUAAACCGGACAAGCAGGGCAAUCCGACAUGCAUUCGUAUAAGUAGGGCGAUACCUAGCUACAGAGCAGUUCCUGCAACUGCUUUAUGUGUGCAUAGUAAUCUCUCGUUAAUGGCUGUUGGUUUUGGAGAUGGUUCCAUUAUGCUUUAUAGGGGUGAUUUGACUAGGGAAAGGAAGAACUGGAUAAAGGUGUUAAAAGAUACCAAUCUUUCGAUCACUGGUCUAGCUAUAAGAUCCACAGGCAAACAAAUCCACUUGUUCGUCGCGACGCCUAAAAGUGUCUUUUUAUAUAACGUUACCGCUAAGGGUAAAGAAUUUAAGUUUCCCUUGGAUGACAUGGGUUGUGCCAGAAAGUGCAGUGUCCUUACAGAGUCUAUGCAAGACAGUCACUUCAUGAUUGGUCGCGACGAUGCAAUCUAUUGCUAUACGCCAGAUGGUAGAGGUCCUUGUUACGCGGUAGGAGGUCAGAAAAUAAUGUUGGAAUGGUUUAGAAGUUAUUUGGUAAUUGUAGCAAAAGAAGCUGCCAAUGUUCCAAGAUCAACCACCAUUUCUGCAAAACCAAGGCAAACAUUUUAUACGCGUAUUAAUUAUUACGUUAUGCAUGAAUACGUUUACCAACAGAUUGUAUUUAUUUGUAGUACUAUAGAACCAAUACCUCCAGGAGUAGAUAAGCAUAUAAUUACAGUAAUCGAUAUACAAAAUAAGUUCAUUGUCUUUUCUGCGUCGAUGCUCUCUGUGCAAGCUGUGUUAUCGGAGUGGGGUGGAUUUUUUAUACUUAGCGGUGACGGCAAGCUUUAUCAUUUAGAUGAGAAAGAUUUGCAGUCGAAAUUGGCGUUACUUUUCAAAAAGAAUUUAUACGAUGUAUCUAUAAGAAUAGCUAAAAAUCAACAAUACGAUGCCGAGAGUCUCAUAGAUAUAUUUCGACAAUACGGAGAUCAUUUGUAUUUAAAAGGCGAUCAUAACGGUGCAAUAGAACAAUACAUAAAAACUAUUGGCAAAUUAGAGCCUUCGUAUGUAAUCAGAAAAUUUUUGGACUCGCAGCAUAUCGAUUAUUUGACGACUUAUUUGCAAGCGUUACAUAAAAAUGGACAGGCAACGGAAGAUCAUACUACGUUGUUGUUGAAUUGUUACACAAAACUAAAUCAUACGGAUAAAUUGAAAGAAUUCAUCAUGACGAAAGAUAGAGAGGUUGAUUUCGACGUCGAAAUUGCGAUAAAAGUCUGUCGUCAAGCAUCGCCAGAGGAUGCCCUGCUUCUCGCUCAAAAACAUGGUAGACACGAAUGGUACCUUCGUAUUCAAAUAGAAGACAAACACGAGUACGAGAAAGCGCUGGAGUACAUUGCAACUUUAGAGUUCGAAGAAGCAGAGUCUAAUAUGAAGAAAUACGGCAAUAUUCUUAUAGAAAAUGUGCCAAAAGAAUCUACACAAUUUUUAAAAACUUUAUGUACCAAUUAUAGGCCUUCCAACAAACCACUUGUAGACCAGGAAACAUUAGAUGGUACCAUGGACCAACAUAUUGACAAAGCCAAUCCCGAAGACUUUAUUCAUCUGUUUUUAAACAACUCGGAACAACUAGUAGAGUUCUUAGAGCAUCUAGUAAAAUUUGAUACCAAGUGGAGUACUUUGGUGUACAAUACACUAGUAGAACAUUACCUUCAUGUGUGGUCAGCCUUAGACAACGAUGUGGCGAAAGUACAAUACGAACAGAAAAUAGUUCGGCUUUUACAAAGCUCAGAGGCAUGUUACGAUAAAGAUCAGAUAUUAAUCUUGUGCCAUCAACAUAACUUCAAACGUGGUCUACUAUUCCUUUACGAAGAAAGUAAACUAUAUCAGGAAAUAUUGCGAUAUCAUUUACGAGAAGGUGACAGCGAACAAGUUUUAGCUACUUGCAAACGAUUUGGCCAUCAAGAUCCAAAUUUAUGGGUUCAAGCUUUGUGGAGCGUUGCAAGGAACAAAGAAGCUCCGCUCAAGCUUCUUGCAGAUAUACUAACUUACAUAGAACAAGAGAAACUUCUGUCGCCGCUGAUGGUAAUCGAUGCAAUUUCAACUUCGCUUUCUUGUACCUUGGGUGACGUCAGAACCUAUUUAAACAAUGUAUUGCGAACGAAUCAUGAACAAACGCAAGCAGAUGUAGAAUUAACCGAGAAGUAUCGGGCAGAUACUUUAAAAAUACGAGAACAAAUAGAAUCUAUCAAGAAUAGCACGAUAAUCUUCCAGGGAUCUCGUUGCAGCGCGUGUCAUUAUCAGUUAGAGCUGCCGUCGGUACAUUUUAUGUGUCAGCAUUCGUAUCAUCAACACUGUUUCCAAAGCUUCUCUGAGAACGAAAACGAGUGUCCAGUUUGUUUGCCAAACAAUAAGAAGCUGUUAGACAUCAUCAAGGCACAGGAACAAUCGAGAGAUCUUCACGAAACGUUUCACAGUCUACUCGAUCGCGCGGAAGAUCCGUUUUCAUUGGUUGCUGACUACUUCGGUCGCGGAGUAUUUAAGAAAUUAACGGUGAUCACUGAUACAGAUAAACCGUUGUCAGCUGCAUCUACAAGAUUCGAAGAACCACCUAAUUACGGACCAGGAGCGGAAGCCAGGAUCCGACUACUAGAGGGAAAUAGUUCAACUUUAGGAAAAAUUGAGCCCCGUCGACCCCAAGAUAACUUCCCUGUAGCAGCGGAUGAUCGUCUACGAUCAUUUCCAAAACCUGACGUUUAUUCCUCGUCGAUGGAAGGAAACUCUGGUGGUAUGAACGUGUCCACUUCUCGAGAAAAUUCAAGAAAAGUUUCACCGGUGCCUAUAAGGGAGGCUCGAAUUUUGAACAGUUCGACACCAAAAUCGUCGCCGAUUCAGAAGGCUUUCGUGCCUCCGAAAACACCGAUUGUGCCAUCCAAACUGUUCAAAACGAACGACUAUGAUGAAUCAAAGAAUCCAUUUUCCGAGGAAAAAGACGAAGACCAUUUAAAUCCGUUCAACGACGAUGACGCUGAUGACGACGACUAUAAUAAAAACCUGAACCCCUUCGGUAGAUAAACUUCAUUUCUUUCUCGAGCUCAUGCAUAAAUAGUAAAUGAAUUAAAGGUUAUCACACAGACCAAGAUCUGUUGAGGCUUGAAAAGAAACAUACAAUGUCGUAAACAUUAUUAUUGUAUGCAUUGUAAAUGAAUUCGAUAGAUUCAGUUUAGCUUCGAUUAGUGCGAUUCUCGUCGGGGAUACAACCGUUCCUCCUUG